AUGUCUUGUACAGUUUCAGAGCUGCCUUCGGGAUGUCACCUCCGUGGCAUGAGCUCUUCAUCAUCCUCUGCAGUGGCGGCGGUCAAAUCACAUAGCGGGGGCGGCAGUACAUUGAGUACAGGUGGUGGCGGUGGCAGCAAUAGUGGCGGUCUCAAUACGGGCGGCAUACACGUGGGCGGCAUGCUGAGCACGACGAGUGCGUUGGGUGUGACAACGACGAGUUCACGCGGCGGUUCGACGGGGAAUGCGGGGGCGAGCUUGCUGCCCGAGACUUUGAUGACGACGACGCCGAUGUCGAGCAGCACAACACAACGACAGCAACAGCAGCAACAAUCACAGAAACCCUGCUGUUUCUGCUGGUGUUGCUGUUGCUCAUGCUCGUGUUUGGCAAUAAAAAAUGCGGAAGACAAUGCACCAACAAGACGUGAUCCAGCGAGCGUGGAUUUGCUAUUGGACGGUGAACAGCCCUGUCUCGAGGAAAUCCGAAGUUGGGGUAAAAGCUUCGAUUUGCUUAUGAAAAAUUCGACUGGACGUAAAGUGUUUCGUGACUUCUUACGUAGCGAAUUCAGCGAAGAGAACAUACUAUUUUGGCUUGCCUGCGAAGAGCUGAAAAAGGAGAGCAGUAGCGAAGCGAUCGAGGAGAAGGCGCGCCUCAUCUACGAGGAUUACAUUUCGAUAUUGUCGCCACGUGAAGUAUCUCUGGACUCGCGCGUACGAGAGAUCGUCAAUCGCAAUAUGGUGGAGCCAACACCGCACACCUUCGACGAGGCCCAAAUACAAAUCUACACGCUCAUGCACCGAGACUCAUAUCCAAGAUUCCUCAACUCGCAGAAGUUCAAAGCGCUGGCACAACUGCAAGACGGUAGCUUAUCUGCAGCAGCUUCCACAACAGAUAGUCCCACUUAAGAGCGCGCGACGGACAGAUUUUAGUAGCGAGUAAAUGUUUGCUGAGCAGACAGUAGCAAUUGGUUAAAUUUAUUGGGCUGGAAAAGUGUGGCGAAAGUAGGCGAUUUAGCAAAAGUAAGAAACUAAGCAGCACAUGCACAAAAAUAGUGUUUAGCGAGAAUGGUGGCAUGCAGCGCGUGAACUUAAGUGCGGGGGGAGCAGUAGGGAAGCUGGUGAGAGAGAGUAUUGGCAAAUAAAUAAACAAACAAUAAAGUGUGUUCGCAGGUGGUUUACGAAAUGCAACAACUAAGCAUAUAAGUAGUAACUAAGCUCUAGCCCUAGACAUCUGUAAGGACUAAGCGUUAAAGCAGCAUUAAGCAUUAAGCACUAAUGUCUAAGGGUACGACUUAAGAACCAAACUAUACAUAGUUAAUAAGAUGACAGAGUUUGCUACAAUAUUUAGUUUCCUACUAGUGUCUAAGCGUCAAGCGAAAUACUUACUUACUUACUUAUGUACUUACUGACUUGUUUUACUUAUGUACUUAUGUACUUACAUUACUUACUGACUUACUUCUGUAUGUUUGCAGCAGGAAUGCCACUUAUCUCACGCAAUUAUGUGUGUUUAUGUGUGUCUGCAAAGUAAGGCACCGUUACUUAAACAUUGUUGCAUUUUUAUUGCACACGCAUGCAACAGCUGCUCAGUUGUUAAUACAUAUAUACAUACAUGAUUGUGGUUUAACGAUUUUGUACCAAAUUUCUUCGUUUUUUUUCAAAAAUAUUUUCGAAAAAGAAAAAAAUAUAAAAAAAAUACAAAAAUGAAGCAAUAUAAAAUUCCUUAAAAAUCUAAAUAUAUUAAAUGGGAAACCAUUUAACAUAAAGAAGUAAAAAAAUGGCGUUGGCACAACUGUUAAUGCAAAUCAAGUGCACAAAGCGAUUUGCGAUGCAUUGAAUAGAAGUGAGUGGGUAGGAAAAUAGAAGAAGAAGUACUAAAAACCAAUAAAACAUUCUAACGAAUUGUAUGCGCACAAAUUACUUAUGUAAUACAUAAACUGGCUGGCAGCACAUGCCUGGUAAAUGUUAGCAAAAUCUUAAGAAAACAAAAACAAACCAAAGUUAUAUAUGUAAAUGUGCAGAAAUUAAGGAAAAUUGCAAUAAAGUUGUAAAAGUGCAAAAACACGAGAUUAUAUAUGUAUAGUGUGUAUGUAAGUGUAUGUAAAUGAAAUCUAGUCAGCGCAACUGUUGAGCAGCUAAUUUUAUAAGGAAUUGGCUAACAUAAGCGAGCUAAAGAAAAUUGUUGUAGCAUGCUUUUAGGCGACUAUGCUAGGCGACGCAUUUAAAGUGCAGCAAUGAUGAUUGUUAUGCAUGUCUUUACGUACAAGGUGCGAGGUGGCACGAUAAACUUUAUUUAACUUGAAUUUUAUUUAUUAAAAAUAUAUUUUUUUCUCGAAAGUUAAAUUUUUUUUAGCUGUAACUAAAGCUUUAUAAUUCGUAUAAAUAUUUAUUGUUUAACUAAAGUUUAGCAAAAAAAUAUUUUUGUGACUUUUUAGUUGCUAUUUUAUUAUAAAUGAUUACUUAUUUUGCUUUAAGGUGUAAGAGAUGUAUUUAAAAAAAGAAAAACGUACAAAUUAUGACAACUUUUGAAUCUAUUAUAUAAUUAAAUAUGAUUAAAAUAAUUUAAAAAAUAAUAAUUUUAUUUAAUUUUCAUCACUUUAGUGCCAUUCCGCCUUGUGUGUAUUCUCAAAAAAUUGAAACGAAAGCGAAAUCUUAUAAUUCCAAUAAUUAUUUACGACUAAACAAUUUAUGUUACUUAGUUUAUAAUUACAAAAAAAAACUAAAGUUGAAAAAAUUCCGAGCUAGUUAUAAAUUUUUACUGUUAUGCAUAUUAUUAUUUUUUUUCAUUACUUAUUUUUAUAAUUUUAAGCGCACUUGUUUGUUAAUGCUACAUGAUUUUGUUGUUGUUAGCACUAAAUAACAAUCGAAGCGGUUUCUCGAAUUUCCUUUUUUCUAUACAAGUGAGAGUUAUAAUUUCACGAAAAUUUGCUUUGUAACGUUCGUAGCGAGGCAACAACACCAGCAAUCACAGCAACAAAUAACAACAAAACAAACGCAAAAUGGCCACAACAAACAAAAACAAAUGAAUUUUUACAUCGAAAGCAUUUUGUAAAUACAUAUGAUGGUUUUAUUUUCCAAAAAAAAAAAAAAAAACUAUAAAUUAUAAUAACUUAAACUACUAAAUAAUGUAAAAUGAUUAUUCUAGUAACUAUGAAAUAAUGAUUACAAACUAGUUACUGUACUUACUAAAUGUACGCAUUAUACGAUUGUAUUAUUGUAAUUAAAUAUAUAUGAUUUGUUUUUUAUAAAAAUAUAAAUGAGAGAAUAUAAAUAUAAGUACACAAAUAAAUACUUAGUUAAUAGCAAAGGGAAAUUAUGUAUGUAAAUGUAUUUAUUAGUAAUUAAUUACAUAUUUAUGAAUUUAAUGGUUUGCCUAAGUCAAGUAGUGCAAAAAAAAAAUUAGCGAAAAUAAUUAUAAAAAAAAAUUAAAUUAAUUUCAUAAAUAAAAUAAAAAACAAAAAACACUUAAAAGCCAUAUAUGCAUUGAAAAAAAACAUUACAAACUUCAUACCAAAAAUGCAGAACCAAAAAUAAAAUUGUGAAUGAAAAAAAAAAUUAAAAAUUAAUUUAUUGUAUUAUAAUUUAUUUAGGUGAAUUUCUUGAUUCAAAUAUAUUCAUUUCAUUUCAAUUUCUACAAAAAAGUAUUACGAUUUGGUUUUUUUUUUAUUUCUAUACUCUUUUAGUAACUUUAUUGUUGUUGUAGAUUUAGUGAAUUUAGAAUUUCAACUGAUUUUGAGGUUAGAACAAAAUGAAUUACCGUCAAGUGCUUAAUAGAAAUUUAUAUUUUUUCUUAAACUAUCACGAAUCUAUCUUUUGCGAAAUGCUGCGUUAUUAAUGUACUUACAAUAUUCAUGAUUCGUUUAACAUUUUUCUGAAACACUCUAAGAAACUAUAUUUAUACGUUUCUUAAAGUGUCAUUAAACUAUUUUGUGGGACAAUGUGUAAAGAUCCUUAGAGCUGUCACGGAAUCUUUCUCUGAAGCACCCAUAGAAUAUAUGCUUCUACAAUUUCUUAAACUAACAUCAAUCUAUGUUAUGCUACAAUGUGAAAAGGUUUGCAGGUCUGACGCGGAAUCUUUUUUUGAAAGACCCAUAGAAUCUAUACUUCUACAGUUUCUAAGUUUGUUAAACUAUCAUCAAUCUAUGUUAUGCGACAAUGUGUAAAGAUCCUUAGAUCUGUCUAGGAAUCUUUCCCUGAAACACUCCAAGAAAC